GUAGUCACACAGUCUGGAGUGAGUGAACAUCAUUCGCAGUUAGCCUUGUUUUCUCAGAGCGGGUAGUAUACUCGAGACAUGGAUUUCAGGUGGCGCGCGCGGUGGGCGUGGCUGGCGCUGGGCGGGCUGGCGCUGGCGCUCGGGGAGGGCGCGUGGGCGAGCAAGGACAACGAGGACGCGGACGCCAACACCCUCGGCGCCGCGCAGAGCAGCCGCAGCGACUGGUGCGCGCGCGUGUGCGGCGACGUCGGCCGCUGCCCCCAACCCGUGCCCCCGCUGCGCUCCGCCCGGCCUCCCGCCACCGCACCGCCCCGUGCCCUGCACCCGUGUGCCCGCAGCCUCUCGUCAAACCUCACUGCCCCAAGCCCAGCUCCCCGCCACCGUGCCCAGCGCCCGUCCUGCCCGCGGCCCUGUCAACCUCACCUGCCCCAAACCACACUCCCCGCCCCCGUGCCCCAGCGCCCGUCUGCCCGCAAGCCCCUCGAUGAGGUAGAGGCGCUGAAGCGCCUGAUGAAGAAGGAGGAAAUAAAUAGUGCGUACGUUGGCUUCCACGAUAAUUAUCACGAUGGCCAAUUCUUCACUGUCCUGGGGGACCCAAUGAACAACGAACAGAAAAAAAUGUGGGCCUCAAAUCAGCCAGAAGGAGGAAACAAGGAAAACUGUGCACUCUUUUUUCAGGACGCAAAAAUGCACGAUUAUCCUUGUACAACUCGAUCUUUCUUUGUUUGCCAAAUGCGACACUAGUGGCUAAAAUUAAUAUUUUUCCACAACAUUUCGUCUGACCAUUGAUGUUCUGUAAGCACAAGACGAAUUACAAGAUGAUACAAUAAAUAAAAUUUAAAAUGAAUUAUUAGUUUUUUAUUCAUAUUAAUCAUAGUAGUUUCUCUUAUAAAUUGGUCUUAAUCAAACACCAAUAAUGCAACUGAAAACAUUCUAAAUAUUCCAAAUAGCAUGACACAUCUGCGAUGUUUUAAUUAUACAUUUAUCACUAAACAUUAAUUUACUAUCCAAAUAUAUAACUUUUCAAAUUAACGACUCUUGUUAUUUAAUAUGAGAAGUCACAUUUCUACCUCAUGACUUCAGAAAUUUGAACCAUAAUAUGUGAAUUAUUUAGCUUUAAUGAAUUUUCCAUUUUACAGCUUAUUCUUGCUUGGCUAUAGACUUAAAAUUCUCAUCCUGGUCUUCAAAUUAACAGGAGCAAAACAUAUGUAAAGCAU